CACCCACACCCCGCACCAUGCCGACUGUCGAGGACUACUUUGACGACGACACCGACCUCCCGCUGCCCUCCUCGUCCAAGGGCCACCUGCCGUCGACCGGACUCCAGGGCGCCCUUCUCGAGGAGAUCACAGACGACAAUGAGCUCGACUUUGACCAGGUCGCGGAGCAGGGUCGCGGCGAGUACGGCGCCGACUCCAAGGCCCCGCCCCCAUCAGCAAAGGGCAAGAAUGUGGUCCGCUCGUAUGACAACGACGUGCAGCGCCCCCAGGGAGGAGGCCCGCAGAUCAACCCCAACACCCCGAUGGGCGGCUUCAUGGGCGACAUGAUGAAGCUCCAGGAGGUCGAGGAGGCGCGCAUGGCCAAGCUCAAGAGCCAGUUUGGCAACACGACGAUUGCGCAGGACCCGAGCUUGUACAAGUCGUGGAACUCGGUAUACCCGCUGUACUUUGACGCCAAGGCGUCGGUCAAGACUGGCCGUCGCGUGCCGCGCGACUCGGCGCUGUGGUGGCCUCUCGCCGCGCACAUUGCCCGCGCGUGCUCGUCCCUCGGCCUUUCGAGUGUGCUCGAGCCUGAGAAGACACACCCCGCCGACUGGGAGAACCCGGGCCGCGUCAAGGUCCAGUUCCAGAAGGACGGGCGGUUCCUCAACCCGAUCAUCAAGAACCGCACGCAGCUGUACAUCCAGCUCGCGCGGCAGAUGCAGAUUGCGAACCCAUCGCUGGUGCCCAAGCCCGAGAUCAAGGCCAAGAAGGCCGACGCGGCCGACAACAAGCCCAAGCCCAAGGCCAAGGGCGGCAAGGGCAAGGCCGACGCCAAGGGCAACAAGGCGGGUCCCAAGCCCGUGCUCCUACCCACGCGCACGCCGGCCGCGCCGUUCCCCUGGCCGGCGCAGGACGAGCGCCUGCCGAUCCACUCGCCCGUCGCGUCGACCGGCGUGGCAGUCAGCGCCGUCAAGCGUGACCUCGAGACUGAGAAGGAGAACAAGAAGAAGGGUAUCACCUCGGGCUUUGGUGGCGGCGGCGGCGACGACGCACCCCCGGCCAAGGAGAAGCAGCCCAAGAUGAAGCGCAUGGUCGUUCGCGGCCGCCGAUAG